UGCACAAACUGGAUGGGAAGCCCCUGGUGUCUUACUGGAUGAACAGGUUUUUCUGGAGACCAAUGGUGCUUCUGGAAGCCUCAUGCUGAGUCUCCUUGGUGAAGUGUCCCAUAGGGGCCGGGGACAGGAUGCUGGAGCCAGCGGGGUUCGCAGAGGCGUGGCGAGCGCAGUUUCCAGACGCGGAGCCGCCGCACAUGGAGCUGCGCACAGUGCGGGACAUGGAGCAGGAGUUGGAGAGGUGCAGGGUCACCGUACGUAGGCUGGAACGGGAGUUGAACCGGGAACGGUUUCGUAUGAUCUACCUGCAGACUUUGCUGGCCAAGGAAAGGAGAGGUUACGACCGCCAGCGAUGGGGCUUUGAGGUGAGGGAUCCACCCGGAGGGGGAGAGGAGAGGCCGUUGGGUUCGAGUCGAGAGGAGAGAGUCUUAGGUCCUGGUAGAGAAGAAAGAAGCCCAGAGGAAAGGACUAGAGGUCCGGGCCGAAGGGAGCCACCUGUUGGCGCUCCUGACCUGUCUCCUGGGGAUGUGACGCGGGGUCCCCGGCGACUGUUAAGCUUGACAGAGAAAGAUGGGCCAGAACCCCGAUCAGACCUGCUUAGAAGGGCCGCUUCUCACCCUGAAGGUAGCCCAAGAGCCCUCCAACCUGUAGAAUCUCGCAGAGGCCGCUCUUCAGAUAGCAGUUGUGGCUGGGAUGGAGAGUAUGAGGAAGCUGACUUGAACCCUCGCUUUCUUCGGGAUAAUGCACUACCAGGUCCUGGCAAUCGUUGGGGGGAAGCCUGGCCACGUCGAUCUGUCUCACCUCAGAGUUUUGAGGACCUUGGGGGAGGGUAUACACCAGACUGCAGCUCCAAUGAGAACCUGACCUCAAGUGAAGAGGAGCUGUCCUCGGGCCCUUCUGGGCGGGUGUCCCCUCGGGGUCUUUGGGGUCGUUCCCCUCCUUCGCCUGGCAGUGCAAGCCCUCCCACCCCACAGGCUCCUGCCCGCCAAUGCCAGCUGAGAGUGUCUGAGGCUGCAAUAGUUGGAGUAAGGCGUAGUGGGCAGAUCUGGCCAAGCUGUGUAGAGCCUUCUUCAAGGGAUGGAAGCUUCCAUGGAGAUGGAGAUACACCUAAUUGUCGAACACCCCCAGGUGCUACAGAAGAACAAAGAACACAGCAUGAUCUUAUGCCCUAUAUUGAUGACUCCCCAAGUUCCUCCCCGCAGCUCAGUGCCAAGAGUCGUGGUAGCAGAGACACCCUCUCGUCUGCAUCUCUUGAGUCCAAUAAAUCAAAUGAGCUGGACCUUGAGAAGGGCCUAGAGAUGAGGAAGUGGGUGCUGUCUGCAAUCUUGGCAAGUGAAGAGACCUACCUUAGCCACCUCGAGGCUCUGCUCUUACCAAUGAAACCCCUUAAAGCUGCAGCAACCACCUCACAGCCGGUUCUAACCAUCCAGCAGAUUGAAACAAUUUUCUUCAAAGUCCCAGAGUUGUAUGAGAUCCAUAAGGAAUUUUAUGAUGCAUUGUUUCCCCGGGUGCAGAAAUGGAGCCACCAGCAGAGAGUAGGCGACCUUUUCCAAAAACUGGCCAGUCAGCUGGGUGUAUAUCGCGCCUUUGUUGACAACUAUGAGGUUGCCAUGGAGACAGCGGAGAAAUGUUGUCAGGCCAAUGCUCAGUUUGCAGAAAUUUCAGAGAAUCUGAGGGCCAGAAGCACACGUGAAUCCAAAGACCAAGCGGCUAAAACCUCCCUGGAAACACUACUCUACAAGCCAGUGGACCGUGUUACGCGGAGUACACUCGUUCUGCAUGACCUACUGAAGCACACACCCACCAGCCAUCCGGAUUACCCCCUGCUCCAAGAUGCACUCCGCAUUUCCCAGAACUUCCUGUCUAGCAUCAAUGAAGAGAUCACUCCGAGGCGACAGUCAAUGACUGUGCAGAAGGGAGAGCAUCGACAGCUCUUGAAAGACAGUUUCAUGGUUGAACUCGUUGAGGGUGCCCGAAAACUGCGCCAUGUCUUCCUUUUUACCGACCUUCUCCUUUGCGCCAAAUUGAAAAAACAAAUAGGAGGGAAAAGCCAGCAGUAUGACUGUAAGUGGUACAUUCCGUUAGCAGACCUGACCUUCCAGCCUAUGGAUGAGUCCGAAGCUGCUGCCAACAUUCCUCUGAUACAGGAUGAUGAGUUAGAAGCAAUGAAAGUGAAAAUAUCCCAGCUGAAGAGUGAUAUCCAGAGGGAAAGAAAAGCAAACAAAGGAGGAAAAGGUCUGGAUCGUCUCCGCAAGAAGCUUUCUGAGCAAGAAUCAAUGUUACUGUUACUCUCACCAAGCAUGGCAUUCCGAGCCCACAAUCGCAAUGGCAAGGGCUACACAUUCCUAACAUGGUCGGACUAUGAGCGGGCAGAAUGGGGAGAACACAUACGAGACCAGCAGAAGAAAUGCAUAAAAAGUUUCUCUCUUUCCUCACUGGAAAUCCAAAUGCUAACAAACUCCUGUGUGAAACUGCAAACUGUCCAUAGGGUUCCUUUGACCCUGAGUAAGGAAGAUGAUGAGUCUUCUGGCCUGUAUGGUUUCUUAAAUGUCAUUGUCCACUCGGCCACUGGAUUCCAGCAGAGCUCAAAUUUGUUCUGUACACUGGAAGUGGAUUCUUUUGGAUAUUUUGUUAACAAGGCAAAGACACGAGUCUACCGCAACACAACUGACCCGAGCUGGAAUGAGGAAUUUGAAAUUGAACUUGAGGGAUCUCAGACACUGCGCAUACUUUGCUAUGAAAAGUUCUACAAUAAAAACCGGCCACUGAGGGAAGAUGGAGGGGAAUGUAGUGAACGCAUGGUGGCAAAAGGUCAAGUACAGCUGGACCCUCACAUGGUCAUGGGAAAGGAUUGGCAACGCUCAGUUGUCUCUAUGAAUGGGAUAGAAGUCAAGCUGUCGCUGAAAUUCACAAGUCGAGAGUUCAGCCUGAAGCGCCUUCCCUCACGAAAACAGACUGGAGUGUUUGGAGUUAAAAUUAGCGUUGUAACCAAGAGGGAGCGUUCAAAGGUGCCAUAUAUAGUGAGGCAGUGUUUGGAGGAGAUCGAGAGACGUGGCAUGGAAGAAGUUGGAAUCUACCGGGUAUCAGGGGUAGCCACUGACAUUCAAGCCCUGAAGAAUGCAUUUGAUUCAAAUAACAAAGAUGUGUCUGUUAUGAUGAGUGACAUGGAUGUCAAUGCCAUUGCUGGAACCCUCAAGUUGUAUUUUCGGGAACUCCCGGCACCACUCUUCACAGAUGAACUAUAUCCCAACUUUGUUGAAGGAAUUGCAUUAUCUGAUCCUGUGGCCAAAGAGAGCUGUAUGUUGAAUUUGCUGUUGUCUCUGCCAGAGCCCAGCCUACUCACUUUCCUGUUCCUCCUGGACCACCUGAAAAGGGUGGCCGAGAAGGAGGGUCAGAAUAAGAUGUCCCUGCAUAACCUGGCUACUGUGUUUGGCCCAACCCUGCUGAGGCCAUCUGAGAAAAACAGCAAAAUUCCCACCAAUCCUACGCAGCCAAUCAGCAUGGCCGACAGUUGGAGUCUGGAAGUCAUGUCACAGGUGCAGGUUCUGUUGUACUUUCUACAACUUGACACCAUUCCUACCCCGGACAGCAAACGUCAAAGCAUUCUCUUUUCCACCGAAGUGUGAUGUACUGCGGCGGCUUAUGAAGAAGGCACACCGCCUCUGUAGAUCACUUAAUUAGCCUGUAAUCAGUGCAGGGUGAGGUAUAGGAGGGGGGGUAGAUUCCCCACCUCUAUAAAACAAUUCGCAAUCCCUUGGGGGCUUGCAAUUGUUAACAUUAAAAGUGCUAUUUUUAAUUUAUUUAUUUAUACGUUUUUAGAUAAACUUUAGAGCAGCUGUGGGCUUCGGGCUCCCUAUUCACCUAUUAAACAAUGUAUCUCGUCAGGAACCAAAAUGAAGUUACUGCCAAUUGCUCUGCCUUUAAUAUAUAGUGUAGGUUUUAUAUUCUCUUUUAAUCAGCAGACUGUUUGUGACAUGAAAAUAGGGUAUAAUUUGUUGAAUGAGUAAUGAUUUGACAUUGCUACAGGGCAGAGCUUCAGCUUGUCUUUGCACAGUGUUACAAGGUAUAAAAUGCAAUAGUAAUUUCUAACUCUGGUUAUUUCUUUAUAGUAUGUGUCAUAAUAAGCUUCAGCCACUAGAUGUCAGAAAAGGCCAUCAAGCCAGGCCUGCUGCUGAAUGAAUCUUCCCAAUGCUGGAUUAACCUGAGGUCCACGUGUUAGUGCUGGGAUUCUCCUAUUAGGACUUCUUUGUGCCUGUCAUUUCAGGUGUAUAUGUCAUAGAUUUUAGAACCCUUUUAUUGUCUGUGGUGUUUGCUGCAUGUUUUUUCAGGUGGUUUAUCGUUGAGUGAUUUGAGCUUUGUGUUGAGAGAUAUAGCCAAAAAAAUGUCAGAAUCAGGUUUUGUUCUUUAGAAGCAGGCUAUUUUGCCCUUUGAAAAUUGGUUUGUCGGACAUUGAUCUCUCUCUGUCUUGGCCAAAUCUGUGGACUCCAGAGCAGCAACAACAAGCUGGUGCGUAAAGUGAUGUUAUCCAAUGAAAUCUGUACAUUGGGAUCUGAAGCCAUAAAGUAACUUUUUAUAAACCUUCAUCACCAUGUCCCAGCAUUUGCCGGAGUAAUGUCCUGGACAAUGCAACAUAUUGAAAGCGGAGCUGGUCUCUGUGUUCAGGUGCUUUUACACAUUGGAUUACAGGAUUUCACUGCCAGAAACAUGGAUGAGAUUCCUCUAUGCUAUUUACUUCCCUGGGGUCUAGUGUCAAACAUGUACAUGAGGACUAUGAAGGUUGAGACGUGUGAUUCAUGUGGAUGAUGUGCCAUGACGUAAGGCUGCCCUUGGCAUUUUACACAUGGGAAGCUGCUGAGCACAUCUUGAGGCUUUAAUGUGCAUUGUGUGUACAGCGCGGAGCCCCAAUCCACCUGAAUGUUCUAAUGUAGAAAAAUGAUUGUUCACUAUUUGGUAGGGCUUAGUGACUACUGAAUUUUAAUCUCGUGCUUCAGGACCAAUUCAUUCCAUGAUUAUGCAGCUUAUAGUCAAUUUAUUGGGAACUUG